AUGGGUGAACAUUUGCGUCGAAUACGAUCUGAAGAAACUCACGAUCAUUAUUGCGGCAAGAUAAUUCAAAACGAAUUGAUCGAUCAACUGGGUAAGAAAGUCAAGUCAGUUAUACUUGAAAGGGCGAGAGCUGCGAAGUAUUUUCCGAUUAUCCUCGACUGCACUCCCGAUGUGAGCCAUACCGACCAAAUGUCUUUCACUAUUCGAUUUGUCGAUAUCUCCGGUGAAAAUAUUUGCGUGCAAGAACAUUUCCUAGCGUAUCGGCCAGCUUCGGAUUCAACUGGUGAAGGAUUAACUUCGCUACUUCUUGAUGAGCUGAAAGCAAAAUGUGGUCUAGAUAUGAAUAAUUGCCGAGGCCAAGGCUACGAUAAUGGUGCCAAUAUAGUAGGCAAGAACAAAGGAGUGCAGAAAAGGCAACUUUUUACUCUCUUUAGUGGAUCUGUGAAAAGCUGGGCAAUUUUAAAGUUGAAUAUUCAAACUUUUACCAUCAAAGCUGUGACUGAAACUAGGUGGGAAUGCAGGGUUCAGAGCUUGAAGGCUGUCCGUUAUCAAUACUUCGGGAUUUACGACGCUCUUGUGAGAUUGGCAGAAGAAGCAAAUAACCCAAAGAUUUCUUCAGAGGCAAAUUCACUAGCCAUGCAUCUCGCAGAUUUCCAAUUCAUCGUCACUAUCAUUGUCUGGUACGAUAUACUUUUUCAAGUUAAUUUAGCGAGUAAGACCAUGCAAGCGGAAGAAAUGAAUUUGGCUACUGCUGUUAACAUAUUUCAAGGAUGUCAAGAAUAUCUGACUGAUUACCGAUUGACUGGGUACGAAUCUGCCGUCAUAACUGCGAAGGAAAUCGCCGAAAGCCUAGGUGUUGAUGCUAUUUUCAAAGAUGCACCAUCUCGCCGAAAAAAGAGGAUGUUUGACUACAAGAAAAGCGAUGACGCUCCAACUGAUUCCGAACAGCUUUUCAAGACUACGUUGUUUUAUUCUCUCAAUUCGACUAUAACACCAGUUGAAGUCCUCCAAUACAUCCACGAAAACAAAAUGCAUGAAUGCUUCUGUAAUAUAUGGAUAAGUUUACGAAUACUGUUGCCCAUUCCAAUCACAGUAGCCAGUGGCGAGCGUAGUUUAAGCAAGCUGAAAUUGAUUAAAACGUACCUGCGCUCUACGAUGGGCCAGGACCGAUUGACAGCCUUAGUUAUAUUGGCCAUAGAGAAUGAGGUAGCGAAUUCUUUGGACAUGACGGAUCUAAUUGAAGAUUUUGCGAAUGCUAAGAUGGCACCAAUACUUCGUACUAGAAAGCUAACUGAUACCAGUGUAUCUAAAAGUGGAAAAAUUCCACAACUGCCAUCAAGAACCAAAGUCAAACGUAAAAAUUAA